UUCAUCAUUAAAGUGGUAUGGCGUCACAGCUUGACUCUUCUAGAGCGAACCACAGCUGAACAAUCAAGAUGUCUCGCUCCAAUGACCCAGGUCAUUUCUUUCAAACCACAGAUGCUCUUGAAACGACAGAGCGCAAAUCGGCCAAAGCCAGAAACAAGCAUGGCAACCCUAUCAAAUUGACGUCGAAAAUUUUGGCCGCUGGAAGCCAUGAGUGGGAUGGCAGUGAUAGCAAAAUCUACGUGGCAGAAGCGGCGGGCGAUAUCAAGUCCGUAGAUCUCGAAUCGAGGAAGAUCGAAAAGAUCUUCACCCAAGGCACCGCACCCCUGACCAGCGUCGCCGUUUGCCCACAGACCAAGACAUUGUUCGCAGGAUCAUGGGACAAGUCCAUCUAUGCCAUUUCAUUGGGACGCAGCGAAGCCACUCGUACUCUGACUGGCCACGGAGACUUUGUCAAAUGCCUGCUCGUGACCUCCCUUGGUGAUCGUCCGAUCUUGCUCUCCGGCGGUGCAGAUUCAAAUAUCAUCAUUUGGGACAUUUCUUCAAACGGUUUUGGCAAGCAACUACACAAGCUCAAGGGCCACACGAAAGCGCUACAGGACCUCACACUCGACCCACUCAGCCUACCGAACGAUGCUGCUGGCCCAGCCGACUCAUUUGUGCUGUUCAGCGCUAGCAGUGAUCGCGAGAUUCGCCGCUGGCACAUCAGUGUUGAUCGUGCCUAUGAGCUGAACGAAUCCAUAGAUAAGCCUAUACGCGCGCAUGAGACGAGCGUAUAUCGACUCGUGUGGGACAGCGACGGUGAUCUCUGGACCGCAUCAGCCGACAAGACGGUCAAGCACCUCGUGCGGUCGCGUGACUGGGAGGCCGACACCGUGCUUCAGCAUCCUGAUUUCGUGCGGGAUGUCCUUGUAGACGAACGUACCGGACAGGUCGUGACAGGGUGUCGAGAUGAAGAAGUGCGAGUAUGGAAUGCAUCUAGUGGGAAGCUGGUGUGCACUUAUACCGGACACUUUGAGGAGGUGACGGGACUCUUGUCUCUAGGCGUAGAUCGUGUGGUCAGUGUCAGUAUCGAUGGCACUGUCCGACAGUGGAGUUUGAAUAGUAAGGAAAUGGCGCAGUACCAGGAAUUACUCGCGAAGGAGGCAAUUGGUGAGGCAAAAGAAGAAACUACUAUCACCGCCAGCACUCUCACAGCUGAAGAGGAGGCCGAGCUUGCCGAGCUGAUGGAUGAAGAUGACGACUAGACUUCAACUUUUGCGACAAUUUGUCAAAUUAUAAAACACACGAGCCAUGUCGUGCUUUUUAAACGACCUAUAACAUGAACCAAAACGACCUCUCGCACUGCCUUGU